GAUAAUAUAGAUAAAGAUAAUGAAGACGAUAAAGACAAUGAUAAUGAAUCAUCAAAUAGUUCAAGUAAUAGCAAAGAAUUAAAAUCGCCUUAUGAAAUUUUAGGAAUCGAAAAGACUGAUAACCCGGUCGAAAUUAAGCAGGCAUAUAAAAUAUUGGCAUUAAAAUAUCAUCCAGAUAAAAAUCCUCAUGGUGUCGAUAAAUUUCAAGAAAUUAAUAGAGCAUAUCAAAUUUUAUCAAACCCCGAUACAAAGUUAUUUUAUGAUUCAUUUGGUUAUGAUGGGUUAAUGUUUAAUCAGUUUGGCGAAGCGGUGGAUAGUAAAGGUUCAGAAUGGUUAAUUUCAAUUUCAUUUACAUUAAUAUCGUUGGUGAUUGAUCAUUUCUUUUCAAUUUAUAUCGAAUGGAUAUUUGUUUCAAUGUUCAUAUUAUACUUUUUAUUUUUAUCGAGAUCACAGUUAGAAAUUUUAUUUUUUAUUUAUGUUGGCGGCGCCAAUUUAUUAUUAUAUUUUAUAUUACCAAGCAAAGUUUUACCAUUUAUUACAAAUUUUAUAAUUUACGGAAUUGUAUUUUUAUGGCCUAAUAUUAGAAAGAAAAACUCAUCGAUAACAGUAACACUAUGGUUCUUUGUUAUGUUUUUCGACUCUCUUAGGGACAUCGACAUCAAUGGUAGUUACUCUCUAUUUUGGAGACUCCUUAGCGUCAAUAUCAUAAUAUUUGGUAGUAUAAUAUUAUUGCUCUUGGGUAUCUAUGUCAUAAAGAAACCAGAAACAGGCCCAUCAUUCUACUCUAGUAUUCUAGCAUUAAUUUUUACAUCACUUAACAACUCAGAGCUCGACAUUAGCAUUUAUUUAAUUUUUUGGUGUCCAAUAUGGUUCUUGGAUUUCCUUUCAGGUAGAAGAAUCGAAUGGUUAAUACCUCCUGCUUUUUCAAUUGUAAAAUUAAUUUUAUUGCAAUCUAGUCCAUUAAAAAUAGCGGCUCCAUUAAUUUUAUCUGCUACUGGUGUUUACUAUUUUAUACCUCAACGUAUCUACCAAUUCCUUUCAAAUUAUAUCAUCCAUUUCCUCUUCCACAUGGUUAUUUAUAAAGCAAAUGUAGCAUUAAUCAACAAUAAAGAUAAUUUGGAUCAAGAUCAAAAAUCAAAACUAUUGGUAGAAAAGUCUGUCAAACAACUAUUAACUGGGUUCAUCUUUUUAGUAAUCCAAUACUUUUUAAAUUUUUCAACUGGGGAAUGGUUAUUUUUAGGUUCUUUAUCUUUAGGUUAUUCUUUAUUAAUAAUGGCCGAAUUAUAUUUCUUUAGUUUUUCAUUAGAACAAUCAAAUGAAUCUGCAAUUCAACCAUAUAAUAAUAAUAAUAAUUACUAUGAUCAUUUUAAUAAUGAUUUUUUAAAUAAUAAUAUAAUUAAAAAUAAUAAUAAUAAUAAUAAUAAUAAUAAUAAUAAUAAUAAUAAUAAUAAUAGUAAUAGUAAUAGUAAUAGCAACUCAAAUAAUAGUAGUGCAUUAAUUAAAGCAUGCCAAACUUGUUUUAAAAAAAAUGUACCUUUAAAGAAAUGUUCAAAAUGUAAAGGAGUAUUUUAUUGUUCAAAAGAAUGUCAAAUUAGAAAUUGGAAUUUUCAUCAAAAAAUUUGUUUAACUUUAAAUACAAAUAAU